GUUCCAUUGUAUGUUUAUAUUGACAACAAAUCAUGGUCAUUCAGUGCGUUGUAUUUAAAUGCUCGAACCGACAAGGAAGUAAAGCAAAAGAGAAAGGUGUAAGUUUUUUCAGAUUUCCCAAAGACAGAAGAAAGCGAGCCGCAUGGAUCAAGACAAUAAACAGAAAUAAUUGGGCCCCAAAUGAGUACAGUAGGGUAUGCUCUGAGCUUUUUGUUGAUUCUUGGCAUAGUGACGACCCCACGGAUAUCAACUAUCGCCCGACUUUGUUUUCGUAUAAGACAAGGGAACCAUCCGAGACACAGGCUGCUCGAGAGGAAAGACACAGUAAAAGGAAUUUACUUCAGGAAAUCAACGAGACGGAUAGAACAGAGAGACUUUUGAUGCAGAAACACCACGACUUCAGUCUGUACUCACAUAGCUAUUAUACAUCACAACCCGACUGUCUACAAGACAUCAACAACAACAAUGAUGAGAAUAUGAUUCUUGAUGAUGUUGAUAUAAAGACUUUGAAAGAUGAAGGUGUACAGUGUGACCCUGACCCUCUGCUACAGGAGAACCUUGCCUUGAAGAAGGAGUUAGACGACCUCAAGAGAGAACGCUCCAGAUACAUUUGGAAUGUAGAGAAGAUUGCCAACGAUGAUGCCAAGACAAAGUUUUACACUGGGCUGCCUUCUUUUGCAGUGUUUAUGUGGCUUUUCAACUCCAUGAGACCAAAGGCAGAGAGAAUGAGGUACUGGAUUGGCUCCAACACAUACCUGACAGCAGACAGACAGAGGAAAUCUAAGGGGUCAUUGGAGCUGGUUGACCAGUUACUUGCUGUCCUUCUUAGACUUAGACUAGGACUGUUUACCUCUGAUAUUGCCCAUAGAUUUGGUAUAUCAGAGAGUACUUUUUCCAAAUAUUUUGCCACCUGGAUUUCUUUACUUGCAUGUGAACUGAAAUCUUUAAAUCCAUUUCCUGCACGUGAUAUCAUUGACAGAACAAUGCCAUUAUCUUUUAAAUCAAAGUAUUCAUCUGUUCGAGUUAUACUCGACUGUACAGAACUUUUUAUACAGAAGUCCUCUAGUCUUGUAAAUCAGAGUAUGACAUUUUCUAACUACAAACAUCAUACAACUGUGAAAUUUCUUGUUGGCAUCACACCAUCAGGUGUUAUUUCUUUUGUAUCUGAAGGUUGGCCAGGUAAGGUAUCUGACAGAGAACUGACAAUUAAUUCAGGUAUUAUAGAUCUGUUAGAUGAAAAUGACAGUGUUAUGGCGGACAAAGGUUUUACGAUAAGAGAUCUGUUGGAAAAUAAAAAAUGUAAUUUGAACAUUCCUCCAUUUAGAGGUGCAUGUCCGCAAUUUUCAACAGAUGAAGUUUUCAAAACACAGGAGAUAGCCUCAUUAAGAAUACAUGUAGAGAGGAGUAUAGGUCGAGUUAAAAACUUCCAUAUUUUGGAUGGUGUUAUGCCUAUAACUUUGCAACCAUUAGUCACUAAAAUUUUCCAGGUGAUUUGUUGGCUAACAAAUCUUGAUGUGCCAUUAAUUACAAAUUAAUUUCCAUUUAUGUACAUGAGUGUAUUUUUAUAGGAAGUGCUGCUUUAAUUGAUUUCAGACUGAUGAAAAUGACAAAUUGUAAUUCAAAAUGAUUUCAAACUAAUUAUUCUGAUUGAACUCAUGUCAACAUAUUUUUUAUUUUUGGAAUUUGAUAAUUAGGAGAACAAAACAUUUAUGGUGGAACAUGUUAAAGGGAAAAUGAUUCUUAUGCUUCAUUUAAGUGAUCAGUACACAACUCUACUUUUGAACAUAUGUUACACGUUUCUUGUUCAUGUAUAUUUAUAAACCAUGUUUGCCAUAUUUAUGGUGUGAU